GAGAGAGAUAGAUACAAGAGACCUUUGGAUUGUUUAAUAGAAAGUGAAAAGUCGGCGAUGAAAGAUCGAAAAGGUUUCAAAAGUAUCGUGCGGGAUCGAACGUUCAAACGCUCAUGCUAAUGCCAUUUCGAAGAUGUCGUGAAAUACGUGCAAUUAUUUUAUUAACUCUUCGAAAUAGGCCUACCUUCCAUUUCCAAAACGUUCGUGUCUCUAUUCAACAAGAAGAUACUUUCUUUUUAUCUUUCUGGGAUCAUCAACUACAACUCUUCAACGGAAUUGAGAAUUCCGUUCUAAGGCGAUUUUUGGAUUGAUGAAAGUGUCCGACGUUAGGGGAGAGAGGAAUGGUGUUGUGAUCACGGCGUUGUGCGCUCGAAAUUCGUCGGAUCUUCGCCGGUUCUUCUUUGAUCUUACAUAUCAUGCAACCAUUCUCGACGGGCAACACGAUGGCGACGGAGACACCGACCAGUCUGCCACCGGAGAAGGUGAGCUCGCCACCACCCUCUCGGAACUUGACCUUCUCCAUAGCGAAGAUUAUGGAACCGGACAAACGUCUAACCGAGCAAGCGAACGUAGCUCAAACAGUCCAAGCAGCGGUCGUACCACCGCCAUCGACAACGACGGCGACUCCUACGACGACUCCACCUGGUAUACUUCAUCAGGCAUCGCAUAUUCCGGCGCUUACCCAGCGUUAUUCAGCCCAUCUAGAGUCGGCCUUCAAGAAGUACGUGCCAACGUUGAGGCAUCAAAAUCUUUAUCCCCUCCUUUACUAUCAUCCGAGUCCAUUGUUAAGGGCCUUUCCAAGUUCACCAGCGACAACUCAAAGCGUUCCACAAACCUCCCCACCACCCAGUUCUGUUCAAGACACUUCUAUUUCCUCGAGGCUAAGCCUAAUGACGAUCUCACCGGAAAGUCAACGUGGAAAGAAAAGUCCGGCGCCGCGGAAUGAGCUAAACGGUACGAACAAGCAAAAGACCUUUACAUGUUCCGAGUGUGGCAAAGUCUUCAAUGCACAUUACAAUCUUACCCGGCACAUGCCCGUACACACAGGAGCUCGGCCAUUCGUAUGCAAGAUAUGUGGUAAAGGAUUUCGUCAAGCGAGUACUCUUUGCAGGCACAAGAUCAUACACACUGCUGAAAAACCGCACAAGUGUCAGACAUGCGGUAAAGCAUUUAAUAGGAGUUCCACGUUGAAUACUCACACUCGUAUACACGCUAAUUACAAGCCGUUUAUAUGCGAGUUCUGUGGCAAAGGAUUCCAUCAGAAAGGAAAUUACAAGAAUCACAAGUUGACGCAUAGUGACGAGAAGGCGUACAAAUGUACUGUAUGCAACAAGGCAUUCCAUCAGAUCUACAAUCUCACUUUUCACAUGCAUACGCAUAAUGAUAAGAAACCUUUCUCAUGUAAGAUAUGUGGCAAGGGCUUUUGCAGGAAUUUCGAUUUGAAAAAACACAUGAGGAAACUUCACGACACUGGUUUACCCGUACUCGCUGGACUUGGUACUUCGAGUCAAAGUCAUAAUCAACAACCAGGAUACGCGUCGAUGCAUCAGCCACCCGAUGGACGUCCUUUCGUCAGUCCAUUCCUUCUACCACCUCCAAAUUCGACCAAUUAUCUCACUAAGAUGUUGUGACAUAGUGAGAACAUUCCUUACCCGAGGAAAACUCAAUGCCCAUUGAUGUUGGCUCCUCCUUGUUACGCCGGAGACAUCGCUCAAUUGGCCCAACCUUCAAAGUGAAAACGGAUCAAACGACAGCCAAUGUGUGACCAUGACUGAAACGACAAAUCUUAAAGCUCUCUUCGACGAUAUUUGAUCGUUCAAAAAGAAAAUAAAGAAAAGAAAAAAGAAACAAAAACAAAUACGUUAUCCCGUUUUCUCGAAUUCAUCGAAGAUUUACGAAAUGAAAUAUCAUUGAAAUCCCGAUUACCGAAGGAUGCCUAUUGCUCUCGACAUUUUUGUCAAAGGCGAAUUAUGUCCGCAACGUAUCAUACACACUCCGUUGAAUCUACUCGAGUUCAGCAGUCCAAUGGGAACAUCUACACCUGUUUCGGCUAAUACAUCUAUGUAAUUCCCGCGAGAAAAAAAAUCCAAAACGUUUAUCGUUACUGACAGAUUUCGAUCGAGCGUUAGCCCUCGAAAAUUGUCCUCUCGUUCUUGCUCGGUGAAUAACGUUCCAUGUAUUGUUCAUCUAACAUUGUACAUGAUGAUAUCAUCAUUCGAAUUU